AUGUACUCGCCGAACUUAUUUUCGGGUGAUUUCAAUCAUCUCUGGCUUCAGAAUGACACUCACAACGCAUCGAAUGCCCGAUUUCGUUCGCAACCUAAUAGUAGUCCCUUGAUAGAAGAUCAACGAGGGCACCACCAACAUUUGCGCCAUUUGUUUGCUCCACCAUUGCUGGCAUAUUCGGUGGAGAACCCCGGCCCAAAUGUCACGCAAUUGGACUAUAUAAUACGAACCAAAUCGUUGAACGGGAAUGCAAUACCUUCGAAUAACUUACUUACACCUCUUGUAGUUAAGAAGUUGAACAAGUUGCAAUCAAUAUCGAAGGUAGGCUACCAUUCCAUUGCUCCUGUUGGGAUUAACAAGACUAUGGGAGAAUUGGAAUUCGAAGAGAGAAGAAGAGCUGCUUACUAUGAACAGCAGCAACAGCAGCAGAAUCUGCAUCUGCAACUGCAGCUGCAACUGCAUAUUAACCAAGAUACCUUGGGACAGGACGACUCUAACAUACCUACUGUGGGGAACACAUCGAACAGCAUAUUGGAGCAGCCUGAGGACAUAGACUUGGAUGCAGACGUUCCCGACAUAGACUUCCAUAGCCGGGAAGAGGGAGAAGAGGAUGGAGAAGAGGAAGAUGGAGAAGAGGGAGAAGGUGAACAGAGAGAGAGCGGUCAGGGAGCUGGAGCUAUGACCGGACCUAACCAGGCUGGUGCUGACAUCGACAAUGAAGGCGUCAUAAAUGAGAAUGAGAUCUAUGACGAUGUUGACGAAGACGAAGGCUUUAUGGCGGAAGAAGUGGAAUACCAGGACGAUCAUAGCAUAUCCACUGCAGACAUGAGCAGAGGCAGAAUUACAUCUGUUAGCACCAAUACUAUAUUGAAUGCGAUCCGAGGAAAUGACAGAGUGGGCAGUGGGUCUGCCGUAUCUGCAAUGGAGGAAAAUGCAGAGAAUGAUCGGGAGAAUGAAAACGAAACCGAGUACAACCAUUCGAACUUGGAUGACGAAUCAAUGGACAUGGACUAG